GGAAGUGCCCGCGGACCAAGUGCGCGCGAUGUGGGCGCUGCGGACCCCGCCGUUGCUGAGGUUUCCCAAGCAUGUUGGCUGUUGGGCUCGCGGGACGGUGUCCGCAGGACCCAGCACGGGCCAAAAGGCGAAGCCGGACUCCAAAUAUCGUGAAACGAUCUUAUUGCCCCAAAGCGAUUUCCCCAGCCAGUUGCCUGGCCGGCUGCAGCCCGAAACUGAAUUGGAGAUACAGCAGAAAUGUAGCUUUUCAGAACUGUAUUCUUGGCAAAGACAAAGGAAAACAAAGCAAGAUUUUUGUCUUCAUGAUGGACCACCUUAUGCCAAUGGAGACCCACAUGUUGGUCAUGCUUUGAAUAAAAUUUUAAAAGACAUCACAAAUCGAUUCUAUGUCAUGAAUGGCUAUAAAGUGCACUAUGUUCCUGGAUGGGAUUGCCAUGGGUUACCCAUUGAGUUGAAAGCAUUAUCAGAAUGUGGAGAAACAAAACAUCUUACACCAAUGGAAAUCAGAAAGAAAGCCAAAGCAUUUGCAGAAAAGGUAAUUAAAAAACAGAAAUCAGCAUUUAUGCGCUGGGGCAUAAUGGCAGAUUGGGAGAACUGCUACUACACAUUUGAUCCAAAGUAUGAAGCAAAACAGUUGAGUGUUUUCCACCAAAUGUAUGAAAAGGGUUUUGUUUAUCAAGACUAUAAGCCAGUGUUUUGGUCUCCUUCAACAAAUACAGCUUUGGCUGAAGCAGAACUUGAAUACAACCAGCAACAUACUAGUCAAGCUGUUUAUAUCAGAUUUCCCUUGCUGAAACCCCCUCCCAAAAUAGCCUCUGCAGUAGAUGGAUUACCUGCAGUGAGUUUGAUAGUAUGGACCACCCAGCCCUGGACUAUUGUAGCCAAUCAAGCUGUCUGUUUUAUGCCAAAUCUGGAGUAUUCCGUUGUGAAGUGUUCCAGUACUGAGGAGCAUUUUAUAGUUGCUGCAGAUAGAGUUCAGUCUAUAGCUGCUGUUUUGGAUACGCAGUUUGAUGUGAUUUCAACAUUUAAAGGUACAGAUUUGGAAAGUGGAAUUUGUUCCCAUCCAACAAUUCCUGGAAGGCAGUCUCCUCUUUUGCCUGCAAACCAUGUGACCAUAUCAAAAGGAACAGGAUUAGUGCAUACAGCUCCAGCUCAUGGUAUGGAAGAUUACAGUGUAGCUUCUCAUCAUCAACUGCCCAUGGACUGUCUGGUAGAUGAAGAUGGACUUUUCACAGAAGCUGCAGGUUCAGAGCUCCAAAAGAAAGCUGUUCUUGGAGAAGGAAAUGAGACUGUCAUUGAGAUGCUUCAAGCAGCAAAGAAUUUAUUGAAAGAAGAGAAAUAUGUACACAGCUAUCCCUAUGACUGGAGGACUAAAAAACCUGUGAUUAUUCGGGCCAGCAAACAGUGGUUCAUUAAUACAGAGAAUCUCAAGACUGCUGCUCAGGAAGCAUUAAAGAAAGUAAAAACUGUCCCAGCCUCAGGAAUGAACAGAAUGCUAGAAAUGUUGGAAAGACGGACCUAUUGGUGCAUAUCAAGGCAGAGGUGCUGGGGUGUCCCCAUUCCAGUUUUUUACCAUAAAUCAACAGGGGAGCCUUUAAUAAACAAAAAAAGCACUGAGAAUGUUAUUAAACUAGUGGAGCAACAUGGCAGUGAUGUCUGGUGGACACUUCCUAUUGAACAGCUUCUUCCCAAAGAGGCUCUGGCAAAGGCUGCUAAUGAUAUCCAGGAAUAUGUACAAGGACAAGAUGUGUUGGAUAUUUGGUUUGACAGUGGAACAUCUUGGGCUCAUGUUUUAGGAG